AUGAUGGCUAUCGCGAGCGCUUCAUUCAACAAGUCUUUGACAAGUCUGGAUGUUUCGUCAGAGCCACUCAGUACAGGUGCAAAACAUUCAAAUGCUCAAUUUCUAUCUGGCAAUCAAACUGAAGAACUGUACAAUAUACGAUCCAGUAAAAGUACGCACAAGUACGGUUAUCUAGCCAGGUUGGAAAAUCGUGGGCGUGGUAGUUCAAAGUUGUUACGUAACUGGAGACGUUCUGCAGGACAUCAAAGUGUGACCAAUAAGAUCAGUUCGUUCGGUAGCGAUUCGCCGAAAGAGGGUGGUCGAAAGCUAUGUGUGUUCUUACCACCGAAACACGGAUUUUACAGAAGUGGCCUCUGCCUCCCUGUUUCCGGUGUUCCUCAAACGUCGGAGAAAAAUGCCGGGGCAAACUUGACAAACGCAGCAGAUGUAGGAAGUCAAAAUAAUUCAAGUUCCAAAAUUGACGAAGGUAUAGCUGAUCUUGAACGUCGCAUUAGUAAGAUUCAUUUUCGCGGACCAAAUAAGCGUCCAGGCUUUACUCCUGCGAUGGGCCGUUCCCGUCAAAAGAGACAGAUCCGCAAACAUAAGAAGAGGUGCAUUUCCUGCUGCAUGCUGUCAGGAAGCUUGUACGUACCGUUGCAGCACAAAAAACAUACACUUGAAACAGUUGAUGAAAACGCUUUUGAAAAUUUGGGAGGACAGCAAGAAGAAGCUUGUCAAAAAACCGAGAAAACUAAACGUUUCAAUAUGUAUAUGUGGUGCGGGUACUGCGUGUUGGGGGAAAAAUGCCCGUAUUCACACCGUAAAAGCGAAUCUGAAAACUAG